AUGCGGCUAACAGUCAUUCUGUCAUUGCUAUUCGCGUCAGUGAAGGCCUGUGGUGACGGUAAUGGGCACAGGCAUGGUGACAAAGGGCCUGUGGUAACACCACCUUCACGGCCCCUUGAAUGGGGAGAUAUCAACGUUCUACACACUACAGAUAGCCAUGGCUGGCUGUUGGGACACCAGAAGGCAUCGUUCCCAGAACCGAAUUACAGUGGUGACCUGGGAGACUUCGCCUCGUUCGUGACUCACAUGAAGGAAAUCGCGAAAGAAAAAGACGUAGAUCUCCUCUUGGUCGACUCCGGUGACCUGCACGACGGAACGGGACUGUCCGAUGGUUUCCCUACUGGUGGAGUAGACGGUCACGAUUCCAACGAGUUCUUGAAACAGCUUCCAUACGAUGUGAUGGCCAUUGGAAACCAUGAGCUGUACAUCUACGCUAACGCUCUGGAUAUGCAUCAAAACUUUGCACCUGCGCUCAAAGGCCGUUACCUAUCAUCCAACGUAAACAUCACAUUGAAGGACCAAGGGAGUACCACAAUCAAUGUGCCUGUAGGAGAACGUUUUGCAAAGUUCAAAACCCGAAAUGGGGGUCGACGUGUAACGGCUCUGGGCGUCUUAUUCGAUUUCACGGGCAACGACAAAAACACUACUGUACAGAAGGUAGAAGAAAUGGUGAAAGAAUCUUGGUUCUCGGAAGCGAUCAAAGAUGAACCUGAUCUUUUCCUUCUUGCAGGCCAUAUGCCUAUUGCUCGUGACAACUGGCCACUUGUUUUCAAUGCUGUCCGUGCUGUACAUCCAUCAACACCUAUUCUUAUCCUUGGAGGUCAUACCCAUAUUCGAGACUGUUUGCAAAUGGACGGACGAUCAAUGUCCCUGGAAAGUGGGAGAUAUCUGGAGACUAUCGGCGCUAAACUUGACAACUCGAAGGAUGCAAGCAAGAACAUCAGCUUCAGCAGAAGAUACCUGGAUCCUAAUCGUGUCACAUAUGAGUUCCACACGCAACGCAACAAUAAAACCUUUGAUACUGACCAUGGCCUUAACAUCACCAAAGGAUUACAAGAUCUGGCUAAGAAAUUUGAUCUCAACUUCACGUACGGUAGCGCUCCCCAUGACUUCACCCUCACCCGGGCUCAAUAUCCGUCCAACGACUCUCUCCUCUCACUAUUUAUUGAAGAGGCUGCCCCGGUCGCUCUGACGAUCAACAAUACCCGAGCUUCCAUCCCAAACAUCAUGAUCACCAACUCUGGCUCUCAACGUUUCGAUCUUUACGCUGGAAGUUUUACCAAGAACGAUCAGCUCACUUCGUCUCCUUUCGCUGAUACGUUCCAGUACAUCCCUGGGGUUCCGCUUUCCGUUGCAACCCUGGUUUUACCAACACUCAACAAGGCAGGUGCAAAUGAAAGGCGUGAAUUGGACGAGCAGCUGUUUGGGCGUGGGUAUGUUGGUAAGCGGUAUAUGAAAUGGCUCGAGGAUAUGGAUAGAAGGGGUGAUGGAGCUGUCAAGCGUGCCGCUCAGAAUCUCACGAUUGGCUAUGUCACUCAUGAUUCUUGCCCCGGAAUCGGAGACGACACCCUCCAUGCCCCACUAGCUUUUUUCUCUACUCCUGAUUUCAUCGCAUCCAAGACACCUGAUGUGGCUCCGGACACACCUAUCGAUCUGGUCUUCGUUGACUUUAUCGAAAACCAGCUCUUGGGGAUCCUUAACCAACUACAGUCUAACAAGUCGUUCACUACGGCGGAUGUCCAGCCUUAUUCGAAGGUUUUGGCUUCUGAAGUUUUGGGUCUCUACGCUCAAGCUGCGUGGAACUAG